GUGCCAGACGUCACAGGAUGGCGGCGGGGGAUCCUUCCUCGCACCAGGAGCAGCCAGCACGGCAUUCACUCCCGGGAGCUCGAGGAAGAAGGUGGCACCGGCUGAGAGUUAGUCAGACAUGGCGCUGCGAGGGACACUGGUCAGACUGCCUCCUCUGCGGUCUCCUGCCUUGACCACAAGUCCAAGAAUCCUCUCGGCUCCUGCCAGGCACACCCACAGCACAGAGGACAAGCUCAAGGAUAUUAUCCAGGCCGCCCCUGCGACUGCGGCUGCGUGUGGUGGUGCCACUCCUGCGGGAAAGCUGGGACUGAGAGACCACCACGUGAAUAGACUGGAGAAAUACUUGCUGGUUUGGGGGGGAAAGUUCAAAAGUGUUGCUGAUGUUCCUGAAUUAGUGAGCCAAGAUGUCCUGGAACGCGCCCGCAACAAGGCAAGGAUCAAGAUCAACAUAUGGAUGGGCGUCGCCACCCUGCUCGGCUGCGUCUACAUGAUCUGGUCGGGCAAGAAGGCCCACCGGGAAGGCCAGAGUCUCCUGAAUAUGAACUUGGAGUGGCACAGGAAAGUCAACGAGGAGGCUAAGCUGGCCAAGGAGAAAGAGGCUCACCAAGUGGACGUGACAAAGCUGUAAAGAAGCCUCGCCUAUAUUGGCAGCGGUGUAGCAGAUUUGUAUUUAUUUAUUUUUUGUUAUAUUUACUUCCAUUAUUAUUUUUUUUAUUUAUUAUCAUUUUUUACAUUAAGGAGUUUAGGAAAGGCAGAAAGGAGAGAGUAAGAUUUUCUGAUAUGGUCUUCCAAUAGUGGGAGGUGGUGUUCUUGAUUAAUGCUUUUUAUAUACUGCAUUUGAAUCCAUGCUUUGCAGCUGUGAUCAUAUGACAUAAGAAAUGGCAAAACUAGGUCUGUCCACAAUUUAAUGAGUGUUAUUAUCCAGUGAGAAUUUUUUUUUUCUUAACUAGUUUCUUUAAAAUUCCUUCCAUCAAGAAACUGGUAUUCUUUGGAGAAAAGUCUGAAGGAAAGUAUCCGAAGUCGAGUAAAAACCCUAGUAACCUCAUUACAACAGUGACAUUCCUUACCAACUCCCCCAAAGAGAUGGGCUGUGAUGAACUGGUCUUUUAGGAGGACGGAGACGAUGCUUUUCUAGUGAUUAGCGCAAUCCAGGUGUGAGUAUUCGUGGUAGUAUUGCAGGUGGGCUACAUGUGCCCACGACGUCCUACCAAAAGUCCAUUUGCCACAUUCCCUUCUGAAAUGUUGGUCUAGAUGCUGGUUCGCACAUUUAGAUCUGCAGUGGAGAUUAACAUUAGUGAAGCUUUAUUGUAUGCAGCAUUUAGCAAGGGAUUAUAAGUGUGUUCUCACUGGUUGAUAGUUGGUCUUCAGUAUCUCUAAGCUUCAUCGUGGAUUUUACAAACAUCCUCUUCUUGUUUCCUUUUUCACUGCAGUUUCAUUUAAAAAAUACGAUCGGUAGUAACGUAUAGUAUAUCCUCCUUCUCUAUAGGCUGUGAAUGAGCAUAUUCUAAUAAAGAAGAUUAGAAAUAAAUAUGUUUGUAUACAUAUAUGCUUGGCAUACUGAGUGAGCCAUAGAUUUUCAGAAAAGGAAAGAACCCCUUAAAAGUAACUUGUAGCAGAUAUAAGGUAAAUAUUUUAUGUCAUUUGUUGAAUAAUUUGAAUUGAAUAAUUCUAUCUGUGAAGUCGUCCACCUAUUAUGAAAAAUAAGUCAAAGACCCUGAAAUGACAUAGAGUUUUUCCCCAUAUCACUGGACUGCUAUUUUGAGGUGGAAGAAAAAAAUAUGACAUGUGAUAUAAAUUCAUUUUAUGUUCACAAGUUGAGGGAUAAUGAUAUGUAAGGGUAUAAUUGCAGUAACGUUUGUACUCUUCUAUCAUGUUAAUUCUGUACCAAAGAUUCCUGGACAAUAAUAUAUUGUGUUAAUGUUCAACCCAGUGCAAGAAAAAAAUCAUAUUAAAUAUGGACAGCUUUUUAUUAGGUAUUAAACAUGUUAUAAUAGAAUAUAUUAGCUUUAAAUUACCUCUACAAUAUAUAUCGUGUUUUAUAUUGUAGAUCUUCAUGUUAUACCAUGCAUUUUUGUAAGGUGAAUCUGAUGACAAUAAUAAACCAUAUCAAUUUUACAAUAAGUAGAAUAAAAGCUUAAU